AUGAUCAUCCAUCGUGCUGCGAUGAACAAGGAUAUCGCAGGUAUUGCACGGGCCAUCGAGGGCGGUGAGAACGUGAACGAAGUCGACGCGGCGGGCAACACGCCGCUGCACUUUGCGGCAUGGGCAGGAGACACAGCGGUCGCGAAAGCCCUCCUUGACUCCGGAGCGCUGAUCAACGCGUCGAACAACGCGGGAGACCGGCCGUGGCACUCCGCCCAAUGGCUGAACCAGCGCGACAUGAUGGCCUUCCUGGAGCAGCACGGGGCGAGCGCCGAGCAGGGCAAGGUCAUCGUGCCCGACCACGUGCCCAAGGUGCGCGACUUCUUCGCCAAGGCGUGCUGGGAGCACCACCCGCUGCCCUACGAGGACUUCAUGGAGUGGCGCGGGCGCGAGGACAAGCGCAUUGAGGCCGAGAGGAAGAAGCUCAUCCCGUUCUAG